AUGAAGCAGCAGCUCAUGGAGUACAGCACUGCAGUUCACGCCAGUCAAGAAAGUGGCCCUGAUCAUGUCAUUGAAGAAAAGUUUAUCAAUAAACUGAUCAUGGAAAUCAUGAAGCAGAUAGUAACGCUCAGCAGGGCAGUAAUUGAAUAUCAGCAGCAAGCACGUGAGAAGGAACAGAAAUUGAUGGACCUUAAAAGGAAGAGACUCUUAUAUAUGUUUGUACUCAGUAGGCUUGUUAGAGUAGUCAAGCCGCAUACUCCGUUAAUUAAGUUUCCGGACAGAAAAAGUAGUCCCAGACCUAAAAUACAGGAAUCUCUACAAGCAAGUGUGCCAUCUCUCCAUGCUUCAAAAGCACAGGAGUCCAUAGGAGGCAGAUCACCAGCAUUUCAAAAUAUCUCACCUGUUAAUAGGUACAAUACACCAGACACUUCUGAAUUAGCAAGAACCUUACCUCAGAAAUACAGAAGGAAACUUAUGUCAGAUGAAGAGAUUGAAUAUAUUCAACGUGGAGGUCCGGAAUAAGUAUGGACGGCAGUUCGUUGGCCGCUGUUGAAGAGUGAAGUAUUGUAUUCACAAUAAAGACAUUUCCUUAAUAUUAUAAAUGAUUGUACACUAAUAGCUUUAAUAAAACCCCAUAUGGAGGGUGAGAAGGUUGACACAACACACUAUGUAUUAAUUUGUGAUGGAGAAGGAUUUUCUGUUGAUGGCUAACUAGCAAUUGAAUAUACUUGAUGUCUACAGCAUUAAAGUAUUUUUCUAAUUAGCCA